CUGUUUCGGGUCUUUCUGGGCCCCCAUCGGCCCCGCACACCUGUUCAGUAAAGCUGGGCAAAAAUAGCACUUUGGAGCCCCCCAGCCCCAGUUUGGACCCGCAGGACAGCAGGGGGCCUGUGAGGUCCACAGGUGCACAGCUGCCUCCAGAUGUUCGCAAGGGUGCAGUCAGCUUUAAAGAGUCCAGAGAUGGUGGUUCUCAGCACCAGUUAGUUGGUCCAGAUGUCAGAGGACCAGCAUCACCAACGGGCCGAGGCCUCCCGGCGGGGGGAGAGCAGCCUGGAGGCAGGGGAGGGCGACACAGAGCCCAGCAUGUUGCUGCAGAAACUGAAGAGCAACAUCUCGAAAAAUGUUCAGACCAAAGUGGAGCAGAUCCUGCAAGAUGUUCAGCGUUUCUCUGAUAACGACAAGCUGUACCUGUACCUCCAACUGCCCUCUGGACCGAGCUCUGGAGACAAGAGUGGCGGUGACUCGAGUUCAUUCAACACGGCUGACCAGCUUCACACCUGUAACUGGAUCCGCAGUCACCUGGAGGAGCAUUCAGACACCUGCCUUCCCAAACAGGAUGUUUACGAAACCUACAAGCGGUACUGCGAGAACCUGCAGCAGCGUCCUCUGAGCGCCGCCAACUUUGGGAAGAUCAUCAGAGACAUUUUUCCCAACAUCAAGGCGAGACGGCUCGGAGGCAGAGGGCAGUCCAAGUACUGUUACAGCGGCAUCAGGAGGAAGACGGUCCUCAACAUGCCUCUGCUGCCCAACCUCGACCUAAAGAACGACCCGGCGGAGCUCACCGAGCUGGUCCAGACGUACAAACAGGAAGUGACGGAGGCUGCGUGUGAGCUGAUUUGCGACUGGGCGCAGAAGAUCCUGAAGCGCUCGUUUGACACGGUGGUGGAGAUCGCUCGCUACCUGAUCCAGGAGCACAUCGUGAACCCUCGCUGCAGCCAGGCCGAACUCGUGUCCUCCGCCGCGCUCGCCGGCGGUCCAGCUAAAACCCACAAAGUCAUCAAGAAAACGCCUGUGAUCUCCAAAGCUGAUGGAGACGGAGCUUCUGAUCAGAAGAAGGAACUUGGAGACUCGUCCUCCUCAUCCUCACUGAAGCUGCCACCAGGAGACAAAUCAGCUGCAGCUGGAAAACCUUCCUCCCUGGAUGCUCCGCCUCCCUCCACCUCUUCUUCAUCUAUACGUCCUGCGGUCGAGGCGUUCAUGAAGCAGUUACCCAGAAUCCUCCCUCGGAGCUCUAUCCCGGAUAAGACCCUCUCUGUCCGCUCCUCCCCACCCUCGCUGGCUCCUAAAGAUGCCUCCGGUGUCGGGGGGGCGUCUGGACCUGGAGGCCCUGCUGCUGCUGCUGCUGCCAGUGGCGGUGGCGUGAAGGUCAUUGCCAUGGCAACACUGCCACAGCAGCAAGGCGGGCCUCUCCCCGUGAUGAUCCUGCCUCAGAGCUGUCUGUCCUACGAUAGGGAGAAGGUCGCCCCGCCUCCUCCGCCUCCUCCUCAGCAGCAGCACACCCCCUCAACCCCCACCUCUGUGGUCCAGAAGGCUCGAGUCAGCACCGUCAAGCGCCCUCUGGAGGCGAUGGCGUCAGGAGGUGGUGCCGCCGGUGGCAGCUCUGCCUCCAACACUCCACAGGUGAAACGAAAACGAGGACGACCGAGAAAACCUCGCCCUGAGGAGUCCCUCCCUGCUCCGCCAGCUGCUCUUCCUCCUCCACCGCCACCUCCUGCGCCUCCCCCCCACCCCCCGAUUAUCACCUCUGUGACCGGCGGUGUCAUCCAGAAGGCCUCCUCUUCCUCAUCCUCCCAGCCUUUGUUAGAGCUGGUGAUUCAAGAGCAGCCAGGGAUGGUUCUUAGUCAGCUGCCGGCAGUGGAGCAGCGCGGCGUGGUGGUGCAAUGCCAGCCGGGCGCGGUGCCUGAGCCGGACCGCCACGGCAGGCCACUGCUGCUGUUCCAGAGCCCGGGGAACCCCAGCUGGGAGCUGGCAGCACCGGGACGCACCCCGAUGGUGGAGGUCAUCCAGAAAGCUCCAAGACCAAGCAAUAACAACAACAGCGCUGCCGCCCCACCCGCCACGCACCUCUCACCGUCCUGCCUCCCCCUGCCCACGCUGCACGAGGAGCAGGGCGAGGUGGAGAUCACGCUGACGCCGGUGGAACUGCACGUCAGCUCGCCACCGCCUCCUCCCACCUCCUCUGCUGUCUCUUCCUCCCCCGCCACAGUGAUGAAGAAUGAGGAGCAAGCGGAGAGCAGCACUUCCUCACAGAGGGAAGGACACUAACCCUGUUACCUCACCUGCUACAAACCCCACCCUUCUCCUGUCCUCUUCCUCAAUGGUGGAAAUCCCAGAUUGGCUGCAGCAGACAGCCAAUCAGGAGGAUACAUGAAGCCAGAAUGCCAACAUGAAAUCCCUCCAUCGGCUGCACGUCUGUGUUGCUCCUCCCUCACCGCUGCAUUUCCUCCGAAUAUUUUCCGUGCUGGCGUUUGUUCGUCUGCUGCUUCGCUCCACGUACAAAAACAUAGAAAGGAAGGAUGAGGAGGAGGAGGCGUGGUCUGGUACUUACGGGUCAGAGCCUUGAAAAGGUUCUCUGUGCCAAACCUGAGAAAUGACCUCUGUAACGAGCUCAGCCUCGGCUCACCUGCAGCCUGCCCCCACCAGGAGGUCUCGUUUAGACUGCAGGUGAGCCGAGGCUCGGCGUUCCUGUUCUGAACAGCUUUGUGUUUUUAUCGUGCUGGUUUGUGAUUUUUUUUUUUUAUGUGUUUGAGAGAAAAAUUCAGAUUACCCCCAUAAUCGUGCGGUGUGAUCUACACAGUGCGUUUGAAUGAAACUUUAUUUAUUACUUCAGGUUAUUUGAUUACAGUAAAAUUCUGAGAGUUUGCUCAUUAAAUUAUUUCUAGUCGAUCAAAGACUCUAAAACUCCUCGUGUCAGCUGUUUACUGAUCAGCAGGGCCGGAUAUCCACCAAUCACAUCAAACCUGCUUCUGCUCAUUCUUUUUUUUUUUGUUAAGUUGGCGAUCAGCAGUCCUCUGAUAGAACGAAUUUGUGCAGACACUACUUUGCUCCACCGUGUGGUUCACAGUGGUAUUACAGCAGAGUCUGAGCACAUGUCAGCAGAUCAUAUUGUGGUGAAAAAAGUCGUCCUAGAAGCAGCUUCCUCGACUGGCAGCCAACGAGAGAAGGGUUAAAGAGCAUUCAGAUCUAAAGCUUACUGUUGUGUCAUUAAAAAUGAGACAGUAUAAAAUAUAAGAAAAAUAAAAUGUUGGCCUAUCAUUGUUACAAAGGGAAAUUAAAGUGGAGGAGCAGAAACGGCUCAGGAUGAAGUGAGGGGCUGCACCACGGCGUAUUUCAAUCUUGUGAGGUCCAGAAAUAAAAACACUGAGCUGGAUGCGAGCACAAAGGGCCCUAUGUUAUCAUUAAUGAUAAUAGUUUUAUAUGUAUAGCACUUUUAAAGCGUUCAGUGUGAGAAACCGUCGGUGACAACCUGCACAUCACCAGCCAAUCAGGUGAAAGCGUGACCCCUGCACAGACAUCAGUAACACUGACUGUACGUUAAAGAAGAACGAACCUCAGCUGUGAAUAAUUUUUAACUGAUAAAUGACUUCGAGUCGCGUCCGGCUCUGGUUCAGCUACAGAGCGCUGCGAUGGCGUGAUAUCCGGCCCUGACCGAUCAGCGUCGUCGGUUUGAAGCGUGGGCUCAGGCACAAAGAGCAAAGCACAAAGUCACCCUCCACAAAUGCUCACAUGCAGUAUGAAAAAUUUCUCCACGUGGAUUUGAUUCCUUCAGACGCUGUUGCCAUGCGCCCUUUGCACUAACUUUGACCGCCUCCUCGCGAGCGCCACCACAGCUCUGUCUGGAUCAGCAGUGUGACACCACCACGCCGACAUCAGCUCGGGUUUGAGCUCCAGAAAAGGAGGGAAAAUGUGAAAAAUCCUCAAAUGGAGCUUUACUGGUUCAGUGGAAAAGAUUGUUUAGUUUUCAGGCCGUUACUCUGGAUUAGCAGCAGAGCUGGAAGUCCCAGUGUGUUAACCAAUUAGUUUAUAGAAUUACCAGAAAAAAACAAAGAAAAUCUGUGGUUAAUGAAGUUUGUGUUUUUGGUUCUUAAAGAUGUGACGUUUGGCUCAGGCACUCAUCAGCAAUAUUGAACCGUUCACUCAAGCACUGUCUGAUCUUGACACCCUGUUUGUCGCGUGCAUACUGCCCUCUGGUGGCUUUAUCGUGCAGUGCACUCUAGGAAACAGUGAUGCAGCAUUUUCAGUUUGUUGCCUGAGCCUAAAGGCAGAAUAUUUUUAAUUGUUUUAAAAAAUGUUUGGUCCAUGAAAGAUGACCAUUUUAACAUGAAUCUCACAAAUUUCUAUGCAGUCAUUAAGCAGUUUGUUAGCAGAGGAGAGACCAAGUUCAUUGAUUGCUAAUUAAAUGACCUGGUCAUCAAAUAAUUUAAAGGGGAAAAGUUAAUGUGAGAAUUUUUCGCUCUGGUUGGACUCUUGCAUGUGUUUUAUCUAUUUUUUUAGUCGUGAUGGUUGAGACAGGAAUUAAAAAUAAACAUUUCAGCCCCAGAACAUACCCUGAACUUGAAGAAGAACAGGAAGUGGCUCCUCCUCUUCUUCUGUGGUUCCUUCAGGAGGACUUUGGAAGUGUCACAUUGCUGAGUCAUUGCUGUUCUUCACCUCUGCCAAACAGCCUCUCGCUCCAUGCGAGGGCAUCUUCUUCAUUGCUGGUGCUAAAAACCGCAGUCCUCGGUGCCGCCGCAGUCCUCGCCAUUUUCCAUCCUAUGAUCUCAGCCUCCUGUGCCACACCCCCCACCCCACCCCCGUUUGUCGACGCUCGCGUCUCGAGGUGUGAGUGCGGCAUGUUCCAAGUGUGUCCUCAUUUUGGUUGGUUAAAGGGACGCCGAAAAAAUCCUGACUGUUAAAUUUAUGCCUAUUGUAUGAUGGGAGGGUGAUUGUUGGCGCUCGUCACUGCAGCGCUGCUUUCUAAUGAUGCUGAAAUCCUGUUUUUAUCACUAAAAGUGAAGUGCCAACGUGUAAAUACAUCCACAUGGUGUAAAAUCAGCCGACUGAAAUGUCUCGGCGUCCCGUUUAGCCACCGCGCUUUGGCCCUGUCCCGACACAAGCGUUGCACUGUUUAAAGAGUCUGUGUAUGUUAUGAAUUUAUUGUUAUAUGCAUUCAGAAAAUACAUCUACGAGUAUUUAUGAGUAAUGUUCUGCUUCAUGCUUGCACUUGGUGAAAGGCCAACCGAGCUGCGGCAGCUUUGUUUAUUAUGUGUCGAGCAGUGUGAAUAAGGAGGAAAAUACGAGUGUUUAUCGGAGCUGCAGUAACGCAGGGAUUCGGAGGGUGUUUAAAGCAACAUUUCCUGGGUUGGGCUUCAUUUACAUCAACAGGAAGAUAAGUUGCUUCUCCAAAGGCCUCAGAUUGCCUCAGAUGAAGUCCGUAGCACAAACCCCAUAGGAGUCACCUGACCUGGGUUUUAGAUAUAGCCAAUCCAGCAGCUUCGAGUCACGUUCAUGUUUGUCAGAAAGGUGUAGGACUUGGACCUGAUGCUGACUUGGUCACUCAGACCUUCUGACAUUGGAUAGCUUUUUGACUAAACUUAUUACGCAGUUGGGGACUCACUUGUAUUGACAUGGGACUUGUUGCACUUCAGUUGAUACUUUAUAAAGGACUGAGUAGGACUGAGUUGACCUGCUGGUCCUGAACUGGUACUUGUUUUCUGAUGGGGCUUCUUUUGAGGCAGACUGAGGCCUGGAUGCUUCAAGAAAACUGUUGAUCUGAAAAAAAGCAACUCUUUAGGAAAAGUUGCUGCUGAGUUGACCAACAAGUCGCUCUGUCAUCAAUCACUGUUAACUCUGUCCUUGUCACUUUAUCGCAGACAUGAUGUUAAAGUGAAAUGUUGCUUUUGGGAAUCUAAAGUUGGUGUAAAAAGUUCAGACUGAAUCCCAAGAAGAUGAUUUCCUGUGCAGGAACUGCUGGGCCAAACUGGGAAACCUAACACUGGUCUGAAAGGAGCUGAAGGUUGGUGGCAGGGAGCUGCAGUUAGGACCAAUGGUGAAUACCCAGUUUUGGCUGAGUAAUGAGCAGCUUUGGGAUUUUGAUUCAGAAAGUCUGGAAAAUCUUAAUAUCCAGCAGGUGUCUGGGGGCAUAUCUAGGGUUAGGAUUCGGUUAACACCACUCCUUUUUGGAGAAUCAGAAAAACUAAAACUGUCAUUAUUACUGUUCAUAUGAGGUAGCAUCUUUUACUUUCUGGAAGCUUGGCUCAGACAAACGCUAACCCUGACCCUAAUCAUAGGUAUGUCGUUGCUGACUCAAUGGAUGUUUUCUGCCAAAAUUUAAAAGAUUGACAAUGUAGAAGAAAUCAGUAUUCAAAAGAGAUUGAAUAAAGGGGUGAUGUAAAAUCAGAGAUGGGACUUUGGCACCUGACUUUGUAACUGGGAUAAGUGCCCUGCAGAACUAGAGGUCUAGCAGUUGUAGUUGGGAGUCAAAGUCCUAAAGGACUUUGAGAAAUGGUUCAGAGCAAGUCUCACAAGAAGUCUCACUUUGUUCAUUGAAUCGUUGGACAUGUAGGAGUUCCUUCAGGAAAAGGUUUGAGGAAAUGGAACCAGCCCCAAUAAAAUGACCAGAUGUCUAGCAGUAUUAUGAAGGUUUACAUAUGAAACCCAGUGAUUGGUUCAGUUCAUUAACUGGACUUUAUGUUGUUUAGAAGAUACCUGAAAGGCUGGCAGAACUCUGAGUCGACACCCAGACAAACUCAGAAACAGGAAGUCAGAAAUGGCUAAAGCCCCAAUUUGGCAAAGAUGUUGGGCUGACUGGGCAAACUGGUCAGAUAGGGUGUCCUGUAGAAGUUUGUGUAAUGAGUUUGGAAAGUCUGGAAGUUCAGCAGGAAUGGAUUUUACCCAAGUAUUGAACACAGGAGGAACCAGAUUGGUAUGACCACGCUUCUAGUUUUGGCUCAGUUUGGCCCAGUUUUGGUUCUGCCCUGGGAACCCGGGUUUGAAGGUGGCUGUGGGUAUCUUUCACUGUGGAGCUGCAAUGCUCAAACAAACAAAACCAGAAACGGGUCACAUAAUCAAAGAUUAAAAGGAUCGGGAUCCGGGUAGCGGGCGUCGACUCUGAAGGGCCAGACUCACGACACAGUGCCUUCUGAUGUCACUUCUUGUUUAAAUGUGGUGUGCAUGUGGUUUUGACUUCAGUUUAAAUGUACUGGAGCUCACACAGAGUGGCUCUCAGGAACCCUCUGAGGUCUGAACAGCUAAUUGUCAGAGGUAGAAAAUGGACCUCAUACGGUCAAUAAACUUUAUUUACAAAGCACGUGACGAGAUGACGAGGUCCUGUUCGGAGCGAGCUGGUCCAGGUCGACCCUGCAGUUGAUGUGAUGGUGGUCUGAAUGGAAGGAGCUCAGGUUUACUCCUUAAAGGAGGUCCUGUGGAUUUUUUGGCCCUGGGUGGAGCCUUGCAGGAUUCAACGGGACCUGGGUGCGAUUGUGCCGGCAAGCAGUGGCACUGGAGCUUCCUGCUUUGUCAGCGUUUCCAUGAAUCUGUUCUUCUCCUUUGUGCUGUCUGUUGUAUAGCUUUUUGAUGUGCAGAUUUUCUUCUUCCUGAUGUUGCUGUGAGGAAGACGCCGUCGGCUUCCUGCAUGCUUUCCUGUGGCCGUUGGUCUCUCCUUUAAAUGUUUGUUUCUCCGUAACCCCGCCUUUCUUUCUGUUUUUUUUUUUGGUUUUUUUUUUGCACUUUACUCCUGAAGUUGUUGAGAUUGGAGGAUGAACCUCCUGGUGUGUUUGGAGAAGGCAGCGAUCAGUGAGAUGCACCUUUACUUUGCCCUGUUGGUUUUGGUUGUUUUUGUUGUGAACAGAAACUGAAGCGUGAUGGAGGACAGAAGCCAGAACAUUAAUGUGAAUCUAUUUUCCUACGUUGAUGGAAUAAAGACGUGAUGUUCA